AUGCACCAAGAUUCCCCACCAGCCAUUCCAAGAAUUUCUUUCUGGGACGCUCUCUGUGUUCAGAAUCUGAGACCUAGAGUGAGUUUCUCUAACCAGGUGGCAACUUUAUGGAAAGGAUGUGGAGUCCUUAAAACCCCUCUCCUAGCCCAGCAGUGGCUGGGAUCCGGCUUGGCUCAAAGACACUACAGUUCCUCCCUAGACUCAGCCACCAACCCAAAGUGCCUUAGCCCAAGGUCCUGGGCUCCCACUACCCCCUCAGAACCCGUGCUACCCUCGGAUCAACUAACCCACGUGGACACACAAGGACGGGCAUCUAUGGUAGAUGUGGGCAGGAAGCCAGACACAGAACGAAUGGCUGUGGCCUCAGCUGUGGUCCUUCUAGGACCCGUGGCCUUCCAGCUUAUCCAGCAGAACCAGCUAAAGAAGGGAGAUGCCCUCAUGGUAGCCCAGCUGGCUGGAGUCCAGGCGGCCAAGCUGACCAGCCAGCUGAUUCCUUUGUGCCACCAUGUGGCCCUGAGCCAUGUCCAGGUGCAGCUGGAGCUGGACAACACACGCCAUGCUGUGGUGAUCCAGGGAUCUUGCCGGGCUCGAGGCCCCACAGGGGUGGAGAUGGAGGCCCUGACCUCGGCUGCAGUGGCUGCCCUCACUGUGUACGACAUGUGCAAGGCUGUGAGCAGAGACAUCGUGCUGGAGGAGAUUAAGCUCAUUAGCAAGACUGGGGGCCAGCGGGGGGACUUCCACCGAACUUAG